CGCUCUCUCGGCCUCGCCUCGCCUCGCCCGGCCUGCCCGCCUCCGGAGCCGUCUGCCCACGGAUGGGCUUGAGAAGUAGGGAGGAGGGAGCCGGAGCCCGCGCUGGGCGCACCCCGCUGUUGCCUGACUUGGCGCCCGCGGUCAGGGCGCAGCGCGCCGGCUGCAGGAGCGCGGAUGCACCCGGGACCCGCGGGCUGGCAGGCCUUGGGUCCUGAGGCUGCUGGCAGACUAUGGGUACAACGGCCAGCACAGCCCAGCAUUCGGUCUCGGCAGCUGCCCCCUUCGAGUGUCUCCAGAGCAGUGGCACAAUGGACGGGCGGCACUCACUCAGCGUCCACUCCUUCCAGACCACAGGCUUGCACAACAGUAAGGCCAAGUCUAUCAUCCCCAACAAGGUGGCUCCCGUCGUGAUCACAUACAACUGCAAGGAGGAAUUCCAGAUCCAUGAUGAGCUGCUCAAGGCCCAUUACACACUGGGCCGGCUCUCUGAUGCCACCCCUGAGCACUACCUGGUGCAGGGACGCUAUUUCCUGGUGCGGGAUGUUGCUGAGAAGAUGGACGUGCUGGGCACAGUGAAAAGCUGUGGGGCCCCCAACUUCCGGCAGGUGCAGGGCGGGCUCACUGUGUUUGGCAUGGGACAGCCCAGUCUCUCAGGGUUCAGGCGGGUCCUCCAGAAACUCCAAAAGGAUGGACACAGAGAAUGCAUCAUCUUCUGUGUGCGGGAGGAACCCGUGCUGUUUCUGCACACUGAGGAGGACUUUGUGCCCUACACCCCUCGAGAUAAGCGGAACCUUCGAGAGAACCUUCAGGGUCUCGGAUCUGGAGGUGGGGUGGAGAGCUUGGAGCUGGCCAUCAGGAAGGAGAUCCAUGACUUUGCCCAGCUAAGCGAGAACACGUACCACGUGUACCACAAUACUGAGGACUUGCAAGGGGAGCCCCAUGCUGUAACCAUCCGGGGUGAGGAUGAUGUGCACGUGACGGAGGAGGUGUAUAGACGACCCCUCUUCCUGCAGCCCACCUACAGCAGGUACUACCGCCUGCCCUUGCCAGAGCAAGGAGCCCCCCUGGAAGCCCAGUUUGAUGCCUUUGUCAGUGUCCUCCGGGAGACCCCCAGCUUGUUGCUGCUCCGAGACGCCCAUGGGCCUCCCCCUGCUCUCCUCUUCAGCUGCCAGACGGGUGUGGGCAGGACCAACCUGGGCAUGGUCCUGGGCACCCUCAUCCUGUUACACCACAGUGGGACUGCCUCGAGGCCGGAGGCUGUCUCCUCACAGACCAAGCCACUCCCCAUGGAGCAACUCCUGGUGAUCCAGAACUUUCUCCACAUGGUGCCCCAGGGGAGGAAGAUGAUGGAGGAGGUGGACAGAGCCAUCACCGCCUGUGCAGAGUUGCAGGACCUGAAGGAAGUGGUCUUGGAAAACCAGAGGAAGCUGGACAGCGUCGGGCCAGGAAGCCCAGCUCAGGGAAGUGACAGCCAGAAUGGUGUCCAGCAGAGGGCGCUGCAGAGCCUGGAGCGAUAUUUCUACCUGAUCCUGUUUAACUAUUAUCUCCAUGAGCAGUACCCGUUGGCUUUUGCCAUCAGUUUCAGCCGCUGGCUGUGUGCCCACCCUGAGCUGUACCGUCUGCCUGUGACGCUGACCUCAGUGGGGCCAGUGGCCCCCAGGGACCUCAUGGCCAAGGGCUCCCUGAAGGUGGACGAUCUCGUAUCCCCAGACGCACUCGGCACUCUGAGAGAGAUGGACGUGGCGAACUUUCGGCGGGUGCCCCGCAUGCCCAUCUAUGGCACGGCCCAGCCCAGUGCCAAGGCCCUGGGGAGUAUCCUGGCCUACCUGACCGACGCCAAGAGGAAGCUGCGGCACAUCGUGUGGGUGAACCUGAGAGAGGAGGCCGUGCUGGAGUGUGAUGGGCACACCCGCAGCCUGUGGCAGCCUGGGCCCCCUGUAACCCCUGACCAGCUGGAGAGCCUGGAGACCCAGCUGAAGACCUACCUGAGUAAGCCUCUCCCAGGCACAGAGAGCCCCCGCACCCACAAGUUCCAGACGUGCCUCACUAUGCAGGAGGUCUUCAGCCAGCACCGGGGGGCCUGUCCUGGUCUCACCUACCACCGCAUCCCACUGCCAGACUUCUGUGCCCCCUGUGAAGAGGAUUUUGACCGACUGCUGGUGGCCCUGAGGGCUGCCCUCGCCAAGGACUCAGGCACCGGCUUUGUGUUCAGCUGCCUCAGCGGCCAGGGCCGGACCACCACUGCCAUGGUGGUGGCUGUGCUCACCUUCUGGCACAUCCGAGGUUUCCCCGAGGUCGGCGAGGAGGAGCUGGUGAGCGUGCCUGAUGCCAAGUUCACCAAAGGCGAAUUUGAGGUGGUGAUGAAAAUGGUGCAGCUGUUGCCCGAUGGGCACCGCGUGAAGAAGGAGGUGGAUGCGGCACUGGACACUGUCAGCGAGACCAUGACGCCCAUGCACUACCACCUUCGGGAAAUCAUCAUCUGCACCUACCGCCAGGCAAAGGCAGCCAAGGUGGAGCAGGAGGCCCGGAGACUGCAUCUGCGGAGUCUGCAGUACCUGGAGCGAUAUGUCUACCUGGUGCUUCUCAACGCGUAUCUCCACCUGGAGAAGGCGCAGUCCUGGCAGAGGCCGUUCAGCACCUGGAUGCGGGAGGUGGCAUCGAAAGCCGGAGUUUACGAGAACCUCAACCAGUUGGGCUUCCCUGAACUGGAGUGCGUGGAGGACCAGCCCUUCUCUAGGCUGCGCUGCCGGUGGCAGGAGCAGAGCCGCAGCCCCGAGGCCUCGGCCACAGGGGACUUCCUAUAGGAGGGGCUUCCCGUACCCCUGCCUCAUCCUGGGCUGGGGUGCCCGGUGCUCCUCCCAGGGUGAUCAUGAGGAGGCAAUUCCUAGUCACCCCAGAGGGCGUGUAUGGGGACCUCUUCUAUGUAAGAGCUUUUUGUGGGACAGUUGGCACAGUCACACCUUGUAAAUGACAUGGCCUCCCGGAAGAGGGGCGUGUGUGUGUGUGUGUGUGUGUGUGUGUGUGUGUGUGUGUGAGAGAGAGAGAGAGACACACACACACACACACACACACACACGCCUUGCAGAUGGGCUGUCUGGGAUGCCCUUAGCCCGUUAAGGAGGUCACACCCCAAAUUGCCAGCCAAGCUCCGGGCUGCUUCCCUCCUCCUCUGUCCCCUUUCACAGCAGCGCUGACGGCCCUGGUGCAGGGCAGGCAGGCUGCGGGUAGUUUCCUUACCUUUCUGUCCCUCCCUGCUGGGCCUCUUCGCUUCUCCCCUUUUGCUGCCUGAGCACUGCCCUUGGACUCUGGCUCCCUGGGGAGUGGAUGCAGUUUGUGGGGGGGGCAUUGUUAAUUUAAAGACAGCUUUAUCCAAUUUUCUUGCCUCUCGGGCUCUGGCUCCGGGUUGGAGACUUCUGCAAGGAUAACAGCAUGGCCUGCUGGAGGCCCCUCCCUCUCCUUUCUUUUCCUCACCCCCUUCCCUGGUACUGGGAGGGCUACGGAGGUUUCCACAGAGCCAGGAACAUCAAGAAAUUCCUUUCAGGGCAGGAAAGAGCUUCCAGAAGGUGGGUGAAAUCCUGUGGAAGAGGCCUGCUUGAUUUGCGUGGGAGCCUGGCUGGAGGUGCUGAGGGAGACAGGCUCCACUGGAGAGCCUCCUCUCUGCUCACCAGAUAGAGAUGGCUCUGCGCCCCCACCUUCGGCAAGCAGCACCCCAAGGACUGAGAGAUGACUCUCAACAAACUGGGAUGUAGGCACAGGGCAGAUUAGGGUCACCCGUAUUCCAUACCAUUCUUGCUGAGCACCAAUGAGUUGUCUUCCAUCCGGGGCAGAGGGACAGAGGGGCCUCGCACCGUGAAGUUGGAGGCACCAGGAUCAGCUCUUGUGGACAGUGGGAGGCUCCCAGAGAGGUGGGAGAGGCAGACGGUGUGAGCUGAGUCUUGCUGCUCUUCCUCAGGGCCCUGUGCCUGUGAAAAACCAGGUCCUGAACAGUGGGGGACUGCACCCCAAGUCUGGCUUGUGGGAACUAGGAGGUUGCUCUGUGGCUAACUUCUGUAGAGAAGCAGGUGGAGGUGUCACUGGUGAUGAUGUUUCGAAAGUGGCGAAGAGGUUGAGGUUGUUCACAUCUAUCUAGUCUUGGGAUGAGUGUGACCAUCUUGUCUGAAUUCUUUUGCAGAACUACUGUAUGUCAUCUGCUCACUACCUUUUCAGAUUUGUUGUUGGUAUUGUUUUUAUUUUUGCAUGUAUUAAAAAGUUUUCAUUUCUUUGCAGACAAGGAUGAGGGGCCAGAGACCAGGGCUGACCUGGGAGGGAGCCUUCAUGUUCUCAUGGUUGGCCCUGCAUUCCAGCUGUGCUGGGAUCGCUGAAUGGUCACUUCACCUCUCUGCCUCAGUUUCCCCAUCUGUAAAAUGGGAGAAUAAUACUUGCCUACCUACCUCACAGGGGUGUUGUGAGGAUUCAUUUGUGAUUUUUUUUUUUGUACAGAGCUUUUGAGCAUUAAAGAUGGCAAAAUGUGAAUUGUGCCUAACUUGAUUUG